AUGGCUCUGCUGCAGGACUGUGUCACGGGUUCGAGUUGGCUCCUGUGUGGGGACUCCCUGCCCGUGCUCGCGGCGCGGGGUAGCAGGCCCGGAGACGGGCUGGCCGAUGUCCUUUUUGGAGCCGUCAUGUCUUGCCUCAUUCGGGAGCUCAGUCGCCGGCUACAACAUGCUGGCGUGGGUCAUGGCGCCUUGCAAAUUGCACUUGGGGAGCCCGAGGCCACGAUUUGCCCGAUCGCCUGGGCUGACGACCUGGUGUUGCUUGCGGAUGUGGAGAGUGCCGCCGACCUGCCACCAGCAGCCCGCUGCAUGAGCAACAUUACCCUUCAAACUUUCUCCGAGUUUCGCCUUCGGGUCAACUUGGGGGCAGGGAAGACCGAGCUUCUAGUCGAUCCGCGGGGUCAAGGAGCUGCUACGGUUCGGGGGGAGCUGCUCCAAGGGCCGGCAUCCUUGUGCUUGGCCGACGGUCAGCAGAUCCGCAUUUGCCCGGAGUAUAAGUAUCUUGGGGUGCCCCAGGUACCUAGAGACACGGGCAGGAGAGAUGUUGAGCUCUCCGUGUGUCGCGGUAGGGUUGCAGAGGUUGCUGCAGGUCCCUUGCUCACCAACGAUCACCUGCCAUGGCCACUCCGUGUGGCGUGGAUUGAUGGUCGUGUGUUGCCCUCGGCAUAUUCCAGCCUGUCCACCAUGCUUGCGCCGCAUCCGCGCUGCCUCACCCCUCUCGCCGGCUUUCUCGAUCGCGUCAGGAGGAAAACCUGGCGCACGUGGCAGAACGCGCGCCACGCAACUAACGCUAUGUUGGAGAUCCUGGUGCCUUGCACCUCCCCACCUGCUGAGGGCCUGCUUAUCGCCAGGACACGGCUGCUGGUCCAGUUAUGCGUGUCGGCUCCUGAGCCUGUGUGGGAGAUUGUCGAGGCAGCGUACUACCGUGACGUUCCUUGGGUCAUAGCGUUAGCGCGCGCCGCUAAGGUUGUAGGCAUGGCUGCGAGCCUUGGUGCGGGGUGGUUGGAGCAAGGUCUCCGCACGUCUGUACGGCGCCAUGCAAGGCCUCUCUUGGCCGCCUGCAAGCGGGUUAGCCGCUCGGGGACUCUGGUACGUGCCAUCAAAGACUUGUGGGUCACGAGGGAAGUCCGAUCCCAUCGUGGCACCAUAGGUUCUGCCUGCGACUCGGUUUGCCCAGAGUGCCUCCAGGUUCUGCCAUCUAAACACGCGCUUGCCACCCACCUACAUCGCAAGCAUGGUAAAGUUUCCGACAGCAUGUCCAUGAUCACAGACACAGUCUGCCGGUGGUAUCUUCAAGACUUCCACUCAACGACGCGACUGAGGUACCACAUUGAGCAUGUGCCGGCCUGCCGCUCUGGGCUCCGCCAUGUCGUGGGGCCUCUCUACGCCCCAGGGGUCGGCACGAGGCGUAAGGGCACCGCCAGACAUUUGCGUGUGCCGCCUUUGCAAUUGCCUGGGCCUCGCCUGCCCACUCCCUGUGAACGUGCUGCGGCCGCUGCGGACCGGUAUGCGACGCCGGACGAGCUAGCAGCUGAGCAGCAGUCCUGGAUGCAGCUGGAGCAAGCCACAGCCGAUCGGGCUGCCCAGGCGCGUGCCGCUUUGCUACGCGAUGUGCCUGGAGUCGUCCUGGAUACCGGCCGUCACUGCCCGGCACCACCCACAUGGACGAGGGCAUGGUUCAUCUCUGAUCAUCCGGCGCACCCCUCUCCUUUCUGGGAGGGAAUCACCGCACCUGGCCUCUGGCAGGCUGCUGCCAGUUGGUCUGCAUCGUGGGAAGUGUGGGCCAGGAUUGCCUAUGAGCCGUGGUGGUCUCGCACGCUUUGGGAUGCCUUGGCAAACCUUCGGCUUGAAGCCGCUCUGCAACUCCCGUGGGACGAGUCGACCAUUCGGCGUGGCUCGAACAAGGAGUCUUGUACACUGGAGCGGGUGUCCUUCAUCCGGCAUCUUGUCACCAUGCGUCGUGUGCUCACGGCCCUGGGGCCCUUUGGUGCCCUGUGGUGGGUCGGCUCUCCGACCACUGCUGUCCGGUCCGUCCUGGCAUCAGUCGACCGCUCACUUCUGGUUCGCAUGGUUUCCCUGCACGGUACUUGCGCCACGCUGGUCUCCCGUUGGGCUGGCGCUGUGGAUCGCUUUCGUGGUUGGUGGUCGAGGCCUGGUGUGAUCGCCCGCCCACUGCAGCUUUCCCCCGUGCACCACGCCUUUCGUCUCACAUCGGCUGCGGCUAAGAUGCCGUUUUUGGCCAGCACCAGCGGACCGCUGAAAGCGCAGGAAGGUCAAAAGACCUUCUUCCAGUCUGCGCGAUCUUUGCUGCAGGGCUGGUCAGAGGCGGACCUCUGCGUUUCAGCGGAGGACGUCUCUGCCUACGAAGUUCUUCAUCAGAUGAAAUCCAUCGGCGGCAUGGACCCUGGGGCGGAGGAGUGGUAUCUUGCCGAGGGCACCCAGGCCUUGGCGAAGCGCCUUGCUGCAGACUUGGGAGCCGCCGUGAUCCUCUCCUCCCCGGUGUCGGCAAUCAGCAUCAACGGUGACCGAAUAUACGUCACGGCCAACGACGUGACGUACAGCUCCAAGUACAUCGUCAUCGCCAUACCACCACAGCUUUAUGCUGCGCGGAGGCGCUGGCUGGGCAACCUGGCUUGGCGACUUUAA